CCUUUUACCUCGUACAACCCCUCAUCCUGCCUACAUCAGCCAGGCUCACAGGACGCUGCGCUAAGAAACGUCAAGGACUUCUUUGCAACAACAGUUUCCUUUAGGUAUUUGAAAAAUCGGAAAAAUGAGUGGAUUUUUCCAAAUGCUGAGAAAAAGAAAGGAGCUGAUCCCUCUGAUAGGGUUCAUGGCUUUGGCUGGAACAGGAGCCACUUCUGCUGCGCUCUACUUUCUAUUUACUAAACCUGAUGUUGUUCUGAAUAAGACCCAAAACCCAGAACCAUGGGAGAGAGUGGACCCAUCAAAACCCCAAAAGCUCAUCACCAUCAAUCAGCAGUGGAAACCAGUGGAGGAGCUGGAGCUGGUGAAGAAGCUCACCAAAUAAAAAAGGCGGGCAUCUGCUAGAAAGGUCCUCAGUCUGGCUACCUGCCUGCCCCCCAUCAGUCUAACAGAAUCCUUUCUGCACAAACUAGGACUCUUUGACACUCAGUGUGCGGAAAUGCUUCUGCUCCACUGGUGGGGGUUCACCCUGCUAAACCCAAGGACACCCAUCCACAUCAGUAGAAAACUAUGGUAACAGACAAUCAUACUGUCAUGAAGUCAUAGAGAAAAAAAUGCUCUUAUUCCAGGUUUCUGUGCUUACAACUAGAAAGCUAUAUUUAUCUUGAAUAAGAUGUUCAAUGUGGCAGGGCCGUUCAUAGUCACAUCAAGUGUCUUAAAGACACAAAAUGUCAUCUGAGUAAAUAAUGUACUGUACAGUGUCAAUAAAUUAUUAUUUUAAACGCA